CUAAAUAAGCACUUUUAAAAAGUGUAUCAACGAAUAACCACGAUUCGCGAUCAUCCAGGUCACUAUACCAACAAUUUUAUUUCUGUUACACCGUUAAACUUGUCAGCAUAGAUUUUUGAAAUACUUGUAAUCAAGGUCCUUACUUGUUGAUAAAACCAGGACGCUCAAGACUUUUGCACACAGUUUGUUGGGAAUCGUGCGUGAAGGCUUUUGCAAAUAUGAAACCAAUAAUAAUUCUAGCAGUGAUGUUACGAUUUUCGAAAAAUGUCCUGUGCGAGGAGGAUUUUUUGGAAGAAGCCGUUGCGUUUGUUAGAGCAUGUGGAACUGAAGAUUUGACUUUAUGUAUUAAGGAACGUGCUUUGAGAUACAUCGAUAAUCUACCAAACAACUUGGAUUUUGGAAGUGGUUUAAAAAUAAAAUCCGUUCAUCCAGAAAGAAUUGUUCGACGAGCUCCUAUAACUUCUUUACCAGACGAAUUACGAGCCAGAGAGGAGGUUCUUGAUAAUUUACUUCUAGAGAGGAUAAAGGAUUUCAUCAAAUCACAUACAUUCGAAUUCAAAGUACCUGAUGAAGCUAUCAUCGAUCUGGAUAAGUCAGUGGAAGAAGGAAGAAAAAAGAAAGGCGGUGGAGGGCUACGUAUUCGACCAAUAAUAAUGAUGUUAAUAUUGAAAGCGGCAGUUGUUGGAGCCAUAAUUUUGAAAUUCAUUGGUUUGGUAGCAUUCAAAGCUUUGUUACUUGCUAAGAUAGCUUUUACAAUAUCCACUAUUGUAGCCUUGAAGAAACUUGUAGAAACGAAACAUCACACAUCCACUUAUGAAGUAGUAGCAGCUCAUCCACAUUAUGAUGAUCAUAGCCAUUUUGAUAGGUCGUUCAAUAAUGAUCUACCGUAUAAGGGAUACAAAGGAGGUAGAAAUGUGAAGUAG